AUGACUGAAUUACCACCACAGAGCCCGCAAGACACUGGUUUAAAGCCUGCUGAUGCCUGCCCACGGUUCAAGGACAAGCCCUAUCUGCAAUGUCUCGAAACCCUCGAAGACUCAUUUCCAGCACUCAAAUCAUUCUUGGAAAAGCUUGCCAAUGAGGAAGAGCCAGGCCGCAAGGUGGUCAACCAACAUUACCUUGCGAAACAUGGACGAACACCGGGACGAUGCUAUUGCCUGAAGUUCGAUGAUAAAAGUGACUCUGUGGUAGACGAAGGCGUCUUCGAGAGCGCAUCCGCGCUGAGAACAUAUCUUGUUAAGAAACCUGCCACGAAGAGCCGCGAGGGAAAGCACAGACGCCUGUUCAUACUGGAAGAUAUGGAACCCGACUAUGUGGACGCGCUGGGUCACCACCUGGGUGUGGAUCCCCUGGUUUUUAGCGAGCAAAUGAAUACCUGGAACUUCACUGAUUCUUGGUCCAUCCCUCAUAGAGGGCUACCGUCGAUGUCGAUACCAGGACAGUCGUUCACAUUACGCUACUACGAACUGCGGACUUUGCUCGAUCCCAAGUCGGUCGACGUCCUCAGCUUACAAACGUCACUCGCGGUCAACCGACGUAGGUACGAAAGGUGGAGAGAUAUCGAUAUACCUUCGUUGGGCAAACCUGACCGAAGGCAUGCAUUUGUGAGACGUUGCGCAUCAUUCUGGACAUCACAGAACUCGUUGCCGGAUGGAACACCAGAUGGUCUGGGGUGGGAUGACGCAACUGUAGCUGUCAUUCUCGUGGAUCCUGCAUUUGCUCACCCCUGCGAGGCGCCGCCGACAAGGCCAGCUAAUGGCUCAACGACGGCAGGUACAGCAGAAACAGAUGUUGCGAAGUUCAAUGGCAUCAAACUGGAUCCAAUUACGCUCAAGACUCUGGACGAUUGUUUGAUUCUGCAAGCCAAGAAGCCGUUCAAAAGCAGAUCAGCACUUUGGAGAGCACAAGACUGGGGCGUAACUCAUCCACUCCGGGGAACGCCACAUCGAAGCUGGCCAUAUCACAACGGGUGUUCCACAUUAGCUCCUUUGAUGUUCUCCGAAAUCGGCAUGGGAGCAAAGGAGGCGAAUAUCAGCAUUUUCCAGAACAGGCGGAAUCUUACUAGCGCAAUGGAUGAGAUGGUGUUUUACUGGACGAAGCUCGCCACCCCGGACCUAAUUAAGGAGACGAACAGAAAGUCGUCCAACGCUGCGUUUUACCUCCUUAAACACGUUGCACAACACUGGGUAAACCAGCUGGAGCUGAUGAAUACCACUAUUGCCAAAGCCGAAUGGUUCUCCGACGACUAUCAAGCCCAGAUCGAUGACAACUUGAGUAGGCAAAAAUGGAAGAACGACUUACUCAAGAUAAAUGAAAUUGCAAAAGAUAUCAACUACAUGCGCCGCCACCUGAACCACUUCUGGCGCGCCAUGUACCUCAAUCUUGAACGUUUGGGUGUCCAACUAGGUUCCGAAGGUGUCGACGAAAAGGCGUCUUUGGCUCUUCAGGGUGCGCAAAAAGAUUUCAUCACCAUCCACACGAGGAUGCAGCCGUUGCGCGAUCGUGCGGAAGCUCUGAACUCUGUCUCAAACGACCUUGCUAAUCUUCGAGCGGCGUUCAGAGGCGUCGCAGACGGCGAGUUCAGUCUCCGCCUCAGCUUGUUCGCUUCCGUUGUCUUCCCGCUCACCCUGCUUGCCGGUAUUUUCAGUAUGGGCGAUGAUUUUCUCCCUGGAAAGCCACAAUUCUGGAAGCUCUGGGCUAUUGGCUUGCCAAUUUGCGUGACGGUCGCGCUUGGGCUUGUUUACGGGAAACGACCAUGGGCAGUGGGUAUCGAUAUAUUUGAUUAUACAAGAUCGUGGCUCAAGCAUUUUGGGCUGUCGGAAUCCAAGAAUGACAAAGCCGCGCAAAAACAGGCCAAAAAUACUGUGAAAGCGCACAAAACUAAGGAUUCUUUGCCAGUUGAGAAAGAAGUGUUGAAGAAAAGGACGAUUCGGAGGAAUCGUGACGAAGAGCAUGGUGAUACUGAAUGA